UGGUCUUAGUGAUUGUGAUUCCAGCACAGACUGUAGCCACGUAAGCGAAGUUUGUUGUUUCUUAUUGAUUGAGUGGGUCUGUCGUGUUGUACGAACUUGGAGUUUUUUUGUCGUCAUGUAAUCGCUGCCUGAUCUGGUUCGGGGUCUCUGCUCAAGCCUCUUCUCUUGGCAUGCGUCAGGUGUGUUGUGACAUCAUUGGAAAUGGGUGUGAUCUUGUUUGCUGCAGUGGUUCGAGCAAGAGAUGGACUACCUCUUUCAGCCUCUACAGAUUUUGAAGACAACCAAGGAUUGCAGGAGAGCAAAAAAUAUCUGAAAUUACUAUCAAAGAAACUUAACCACUUUCCAGAUAGGUGUACACUGAAAAAUGGGCGAUAUAAUGUAAAUUUUAUCAGUUCGUUGGGAGUAAGCUACAUGAUGAUUUGCAACGAGAAUUACCCCAAUGUUCUGGCAUUCUGUUUCUUGGAUGAGCUGCAGAAGGAGUUCAUUACUACUUAUGAAAUGAAAAGGAUAAACACAGCCAUCAGACCUUACACUUUGAUUGAAUUUGAUAAUUUUAUCCAGAAAACCAAACAAAGAUAUAAUAAUCCAAGGUCUCUUUCUACAAAAUUAAACCUCUCUGAAAUGCAGACAGAAAUCAAGCUGAGACCACCUCAUCAGAUUUGUGCAUCUGAGCUGGGAACUGUAAAUGGGUUUACUAAUUCAUCGGUUUCCAAGUACAAAGAAAUUGCUCAUCACCAAAGACUGGAACCAGUGACACUUUCGGGAAUUAUCUCUUGUGUUCUUAGCCUUUUGUGUGCAGCUCUAAAUUUGAUUCGUGGUUUUCAUGCUAUAGAAGGCUGUUUGCAGAAUGAAGAUGAUGAUUUCAGCUAUGUCCUUGCAUUUUUCCUUGGCACAGUGGCAUGCUUAUAUCAGUGUUAUCUUCUUCUGUAUGGCACACUAUGGAGGAAUCUCAAGUCAUUCCUUGUUUUUGGCUUAAUCUGCUUGUGUAAUAUGUACCUAUAUGAACUUCGCAAUCUCUGGCAAAUCUUAUUUCAUGUGACCAUAGCAGUAUUUGCAACACUACAAAUACGAAUGAGACAGCCUGAAGGAAAAUGCCCUGACUACAAUGUUUGAAGGAUGUUCUGGAAGUGCCUAAAAUGUAGAAUGUCAUUUCUUAUCUCAGGAACUGUCUUUUCAACAAAGAAGAAAAGAUGCUUCAAAUGAUGGAGUAAAAGCCCGAAUGCUACAUAGUACAGGUAGCAAUCAGUAGGCAGUGAGACUCUUUCUCUUUUUGAGACUAAAAUUGUGCUCAUUCCCAGGAUGUAACAUGGCUCACAUUUGCACAGGACAUCUGGAAACCAAAUUCAUCCUUGUCUGGGAUGUAAAAAAAAAAAUAUAUAUAUAUAUAUAUAUAUAUAUAUAUAUAUAUAUAUAUGCGCAAGGGAACAGUAUUUAAACAUAAUGAACAGAGCCAUUCCUAUUGUCGCACCUUUCUUUUUAUGGCUUUGGCUUGUGAUUUUAAGGAACAAAUACACUUUGUAACUGGUAAAAAUGUUAAGCAUAGAGAAUAGAAUUACAAGAAGUCUGUGCUUAAUAGAUGGUACCUAAAUGUGUGUGAAAUAACAGAAAGAAGUAGAAUAUAUAUUUAUAUGGAAGUUUCUAGAAUUUUUAGAGCAUUAUAAGUAUUUAAUUGCAACACUUAAUAGAAGAUGUGUGGAUCAUACUAUACUCCUUUGUGACAUUGUAAUAUUGCAUUUUCUUUCAGCAGUAUUUUAUUCUUCUCCCAAGGGUUUAUGGGGGGAAAAAGCUAAUAUACUGCCACUGUCACUCUAAUUUCACAGCUGGUGUGCAUUGCCACACUGGUGUCUUUGAACUAAUUGCUGCUCAGAACAGUGAAAUUAAAAACAAGGAAGAUUGCCAUAGAUUAACAUUUAAGAGAGGCACAGUGGUGCAGCGGUUUACGUUUUCCCUCACAGCAAGAUGUUCUCCAGUUCAGUUUUCAACUGGGGUGCCUUCUGUGCAGAGUCUGCAUGUCCUCCCUGCAUUCAUGUUGGUUUUCUGUGGUUGCUCCGACUUCCUCCCAUGUUACAAAGACAUGCAUCUGGAGCAUUUCUUCCUGAGCCACCACUGAAAAUUUGCUCAUUCCAAAUCAGACUUUCCCUGUAAACAAAUGUAAAAUAAAUAAAAUAAAUAAGCUGCUCUGUGUAUUCAUGAUUGAUCAAAAUACCCAUAUGUAAAUCAAUACUGUAGAAUACAGAUUUUGGCCAUGGGUCUGUCCCCAGGAUUUGAUGAGUGGCUUCAAUGACAGAGUAAAUGUCAGUGAAGGUAUGGGAGCGAGUAACUGAUUUUGUGUCACCUAUUUUGAAGGAGUAGGUUGGCAGUAUCGCACUGCAGAAAGGCUCAGAAGUGCAGUUCCAUGUGCAGAAACAUUGGAUAGGUGUUUGAAAGGGGCUGAGCAAACUGUUAAAUACUGCACUGCUUUCUAGUUGAGCAUCGUGGGUAUGCAUAAGUGUACUCACUCCUCUCACUCAUUGUAGUGGGCACUGCAAACGUCUGUUUAGGAGCACAACAAAAAAUUCUUCUUAGCCUACAAGAUGAUAACUGUUAUCCCUGGUUCAUGUCUUCAUCUAAGAUGCAGUAACCUCAAAAACUGAUUGGUAUUUAAGAUAGUACAGUAUAGUCUAGCUUUGUAUCUGCCUCCUAGAGCUGUGGAUGUCAACCUAUUUUUUUUUCUUUUCCAUAAUCUGGUAGGUGGGCUGGUCAGUUGAAUCCUUGCUGUCAAAUGUCAAAUUUCAGAGGAGAAAAGUAUAAAAUUAGGCAAAUAUAUGUAGCUUGGGAUUUACAGUUACAGUGCAGGGAAUGUGUAUAUAUAGGUAGCAAAAGACAAUUGUUUAUUUACAGUUAAGAUAUGCUGAUUCCUGUCACUUUGAAGUCGUACAUUCAGCAAAGGCACAGCUUUCAGUUAUCAUAUCUGAAAUUAAGACAAAUUGAGUAUGUUCUGUCAUCCGUUUUGCUGGAAAUAUGAAUAUCUAGAUUCAUUAAGUAGAUCAGUUUAGCAUUAUAGCCAGUCAGCAUCUGUUGUUUCUUUACUACAGUUGGUAGGUAAUUCCGGGUCUGUAUCACUUUGUCAAAAUGGCAGAAGUUCAAACACCAUAUGUUCAAACUUCUAACCUCGAAGUGCAAAACCAUCGAAGGCUUAGAACAGCAAAAUUUUUCCCAGGGAAAAAAAAAAUCGCUGUUCCAAGAAACACACAACACAAGCACACCAAAAAAACAGCAAUCCACACACAUACACUAAACUGCACAUACACUACUAUCUAUCAGCUUAGAAAAAGAUGUUGGUAAGUCAGCUCCAAGGGCUAGGCACAUGCAGGUACAAAAGUUCAGGUAGCUGUAGGUUAUAGUCCAAUCCAAUGUACUUAAUACCAGAAGUUAUAAAAACACUGCUUUAUUCACCAAGCCAAAAUAAAAGUAAAACGCUGCCUAUCCACUUACCUUAACCCAAACCCUAAUGUCCGUCACUAUCGCACACUCACCUGAUCC